AAAGGCUUUGGGAUAUAGGGUGAUUUGCAAGGUGACUCCGCCGGUCUCAUUCAAGCGGUAGCGAUAUACAGGUCAGCCCAGAUCGUCUAUGGUCACUGCCGUAAGUGACACCAACAGAAUAUACCAGAAAAUCACUGCCUUUAAAGAACGAGGACACGUCAUCCCUUUCUCCAACGAAGUCUUAUAUUUUACCAUUCUACGUGUAUUAUAAAGCUAAAUGUAAACAGCAACAAUAAGAAAUCCCUUGAGCUUUUCGGGAAAAUGCAGAUUUCUGGCUGACAGGAAGAAGAAACAGCAUCCAAUCGGCACUUGUGUCUCAAUGACCAAUCAAAUUUCGCCUUACAUUGCAUCGCUGGGAGAAACGAAGCUGGACGACUCCGUCUCUCGGCCUGUGGCUGCUGCUGUUACCUGGAUGGGCGAGCACCUCCGAGGCUGUCUUUGUUACCUGGGCAAUAAGGGACUAGCAGUUCAGCCCUUCUCUGUGCCUGCUGGAUUGUUUGUAUUUGUUCCCAGCCUCUGCUCAUGUAAUGCACUCCCUUAACCAGGAAAUUAAAGCAUUCUCCCGGAAUAAUCUCAGGAAGCAAUGCACCAGGGUGACAACGCUAACUGGAAAGAAAAUUAUAGAAACAUGGAAAGAUGCCAGAAUUCAUGUUGUGGAAGAAGUAGAGCCGAGCAGUGGGGGUGGUUGUGGUUAUGUGCAGGACCUUAGCUCGGACCUGCAGGUUGGCGUUAUUAAGCCAUGGUUGCUCCUAGGGUCACAAGAUGCUGCUCAUGAUUUGGAUACACUGAAAAAGAACAAGGUGACUCAUAUUCUUAAUGUUGCAUAUGGAGUUGAAAAUGCUUUCCUCAGUGACUUUACAUAUAAGAGCAUUUCUAUAUUGGAUCUGCCUGAAACCAACAUCCUGUCUUAUUUUCCAGAAUGUUUUGAAUUUAUUGAAGAAGCAAAAAGAAAAGGUGGAGUGGUUUUUGUUCAUUGUAAUGCAGGAGUUUCCAGGGCUGCUGCAAUUGUAAUAGGCUUCCUGAUGAGUUCUGAACAAACCUCAUUUACCAGUGCUUUUUCUUUGGUGAAAAAUGCAAGACCUUCCAUAUGUCCAAAUUCUGGCUUCAUGGAGCAGCUUCGUACAUAUCAAGAGGGCAAAGAAAGCAAUAAGUGUGACAGAAUACAGGAGAACAGUUCUUGAGUUGCAUUAUAGCAGACAAUGGACAACUGUAGUUUCUGAACUGGCUUCUAUAGCCAUCUUUUCCCUUCUUUGGAGAGUAGACUAGCAAAACUCCCUUUUUUCUCUUGCCUUUUUAAUGCAUAAAUGGAGGUCAAUUUGAAUGUCCUGACCUACUGUAUAAGUAAAUUUCAAAUGUCGUUACUUUCUCAUUGUUAUUAUAAUGUGUGAUUACAUGCUUUUUUAAAUUGCUAAGGAAAAACAACAAAGUACUAGUAAUCAUUGUUUUCUGUAGAAGAAAAAGGUUUAGAUUUAAAAUGUGUAUUUAGAGCAUGGAGAGAAUCAUUUAAUUAAUAAGCCUAUUUUUCUGUUCCAGCAACUGUUUUUAUGAAGGAAAAGCUUGAAGUGCUACUUAACUUACUAUUUCAGAGGGAAGUAAAUUUCUUUUUAAAGAAUCUUUUUAAGAUUAAAAAUGAAUACCUUAAAUCUCCCAAAAGAGAUAACCAGUAUCUGAAGGUUUAUACAAUAUUUAUAUAGUGGCUACACUAUUCACAAAAUUCCUGUGUUCUCUUAUGAAAAAUAUACACUUUUCAUUUUGUUUUCUUCCUCUUCUUCUUCUUCUUUUUUUUUUUUUUUUAUUUGAGAUAUAAUUUGGCUGUUGUCACCCAGGCUGGAGUGCAAUGGCACAAUCUCGGCUCACUGCAACCUCUGCCUCCUGGGUUCAAGCGAUUCUCCUGCCUCAGUCUCCCAAGUAGCUGGGAUUAUAGGUGCCUGCCACCAUACCCGGCUAAUUUUUGUAGUUUUAGUAGAGACGGAGUUUCACCAUGUAGGCCAGGCUGGUCUUGAACUCCUGACCUCAGGUGACCCACCCACCUUGGCCUUCCUAAAUGCUGGGAUUACAGGCGUGAGUCACUGCGUCCGACCUCAUUUUGGUUUUUUCAAUUCUAUUAUCUGCAUUUCUUUCUUUCUUUUUUUUUUUUUUUUAAUGUAUAGAUGUUCUCUCAUACAUUCUUGUGAGCUUUGGUUCUUUGAAUAGGUGAUCUAUUCUCCUACAUUUUGUGCUUUUUAUCUUGGGUGCCUAGCAUUCUGUUUUUUGAUCCUAUGUCAUAAUUGUUUGAGAAAAUGUUUGAUACUACGAGAUCAUUGUUCAGUGGUCUGUUUUCUACUUCAGUAUUCUACCAGAGAACAUAUUUUUUAGGGUAGAAGGGUUAUGGUUUUGUAAGAAACUUUAAAUAUACUUUUAGGAAACCCACAGUCAUUUAUAGUUUUAUCUUUGGCCUUUGAAUAGGUUCUUUUUUCUUUAAUGUCUCCAUAUUUGCAGGACUGAGCUUUGUACAUUGUAAAUUUGCUUAAAGAUUUUGAUUUUUUCUUCAGAAUAAGGUAUACUUAAUUAAUUAAGACAGUUUCUUUUCUUUUCUUUUUUUUUUUUUCGAGACAGGGUCUUGCUCUGUCACCCAGGCUAGAGUGGAGUGGCAUGAACACAAUGCACUGCAGCCUCUACCUCCUGGGCUCAAGCAAUCCUCCCACCUCAGUCUCCUGAGUGAUUGAGACUACAGCUGUGCGCCACCACCUCUGGCUAAUUUUUUAUUUUUUAUUUUUGUAGAGCCAGGAGUCUUGCCAUGUUGCCCAGGCUGAUCUCAAACUCCCGCCUCAGCCUCCCAAGUGCUAGGAUUUCAGGCGUCAACCACCGUGCCUGGCCUGAUAGUUUCCAAAUAGUUUUUCAUGACUUAGAAGAUACCAUUGCCAUGUAGAUUUUAUUUUUAAAAGUCUUGAGCUCUUCUUAAAUAUACAUUAUAGAGAGCAAGCAUAGAUGGAAAGUGCAUAUUGAGCACAUCUGUGCAUUUGAGAAGGCAGGCUUUCAUGUGC